CACCUAAAUUUGUCACCGACAUCAACAGGCUGCUGAGUUCGUAGGUUUGCUCUUCUCUCUGCUUCGCUCUCUCACUUCGGCUGGACCAAACAGCAUUUAGCCGCUGAUAACAAAACUCUGAUCUCACCAGCCUCAUCCAAGAACUGUAGAUACUCUCAAUGGGAUGCGAGGAAAACUGUUUUUCGUUGCGAGAGGUCUUUUCCACGGGAGAGUGAGUGCAUCGGAAAAGUAACGUUCCUUGUUUUUCACAAUCUUCGCGCACGCCUCAUAUCGAAAAUUUUUCUCGACCGUCGUGCAAGUAAAUCAAUUUUCGUUCCGUUCGCUGCCGUUUGUAUCUAUAGGGUAAGGCGAGAGGCGUUGUUCGACUUUGAUACAACUGUUUUAUGGAAUAGAAGCGAAAAAAGCGUAUUUGAGUGAACUCGUACAAGUGCUCUCGUGCCCGGGGCAAAGUGUGAAUAGUGUCCAGGUCAGUGUUAUAAAGUGCUAUCUAUUCAAGUGCCAAUUGAUGUGAAAGCAAAGUGCUGUGGGAAAAUCGCGGUUGUCUCAAAAGAGCAAGGGAAAACUAGCAAUCGAAUGGGGCUAGCGUCGAAGGAUGAUAAAGACGGAAUGCGGUGAAAUAGUGAUGAAAGCUUUUGGUAUCGUUUUCUAAGUGAAUUUCCCAGCUCGUGCUCACCAUAUGAUGUUGAAAAGAUAAGGGUCAUGGAAAAUGCUAAAACUUAAUAGUGAAAUAAACGUAGUAUAUUGGAUGGUGCUAGAGAGUUUUGCCAAAGUGAUAGCAAGAAAUAAUCAUUGCAAAUAAAAUUGGGGCGGAAAGCAUUUCGGCACGAUCUGGUGAAAUUGCUUUUUGUACCACGGUAUGCGUGUCUGUAGUGGGAUGUUGUGUGAAUGGCGGUGAAAUACCGCAUACAUCAUUAGUGGAUAAUUAAUCGUUCGGCAGGAAUUUUCUUCGGCAUCACUCGCUAGUUUUCAUCGUGGACGUGGGCUUAGGACUAUGAGUGACUGGCUUUGUUUGUACGUCAGUGUAAUGGAGAGAAGAGCAAAGGUACAGAUGGUGGUAUGCAGCAUCUCAUGCUAGAAUUGGAUUAUUUCCAAGUCACAAUGAGCUUGAAUGAUACCCGACAGCGUACACUUAUUAAAGCUUUAAGAUACUCAAAGAAGCCUCUCUCAGCCGAUAGCCAUCUGUAGAAGCAUGAUAAAUGUAAUCAUUCACCUCUACGAUGUGGGACACUGAAGGAUAAUAAUAAAUAUCCGUUGGCUUGCACCUCCCCUCUGCUCAAGCAACUAGCAAUGGCUUACCUUAAAAGGUCUCAUACUGGUCACUGGAUCUGUUGGAAAACAGCGAUGUAAGAUAUCAAUCGGGGACCACACAGAUUAUCUGCAAACGAUUACUCGUGCCAUCAGUAUCACGGAACGUUUUCCAUAUUUAGACAGCCGUUUUUACCCAUUCACAGUAGAAUCCCCCUUUCAUCUAGUCGCACGACGAGGAAAUGCAUUUUUGGAUCGAUAAGCGCUCGCAAGCUUGUGGUUUUGGUAGAGCACGGGUGGCAGCUUCCCUGUCCGGUGGUGGAGGGCUCGGUUUCGGGCAUCCCAGACGAAUACCCAGAAAAUCAAUGGUUACCCCAAUACAUCGGUUUCAAACGGUCGACUGCACCAGGCCUCAUCUCUAUCGACAACAGCAACAGCAGCAGCAGCAACAACAGCAACAAUCACAGAACAGCAGUCAUCACCAAAAUUACCACCAGCAACAGCAUCAACAGGCGAGCAGUAAUCAGUCGCACAUUCAGCAUCAUCAAGCUCAGCUUCAUAGCAGUGGCCACUACAAUCAGCAUAAUAGUAUAGUUUCGCCGCCAACGCAUCACUCACAGGUCUCGUCGCAAAACCAUCACCUUCAUCAACAGGCACAGCAGGCAAAUAGUUACCAUGUACCAGUUGCAGUUAAUCACAUUUAUAGCAAUUCAUCAUCGCAUCCGAAUGCAAUCGAAAUCGAUCAGAACAGCGGGACGCUCGGAAUCGGAACGCUGAACCAACAUGUGCCCCACGUUGGACAUGAUGCUCAACUGCUGCCAGCACAUCUCAAAUGCGGCAUGUGGGCUUCACUUGCCCUGGCGACGGUGUUCGUCGCGGGAGCCAAAUUCUACUUCGACCAUCAGGGUACCGGACUCGAAGUGCUUAUAUUUUGCGCAUUCUCGGCAACGUUUUUCCUAGCAGCAUGCACAGUUUCACUUUGUCGACGUCCACGGGAUAUGCAAAUGCCCGUUAAUAAUGUGAUAUCGGAGACGAUCUCCAAUGGAGACCAAAACUCCCUACAGAACAAUCCGGACCUAGUGAGCGGAACUCCUGCGACGCUAUUAAAUGGCAGUCUCGGAGGGACACAGCAGAAUUCGCUGGGUGUGCUGGCACCUCCGCCUCCCUACCAUAUUGCCAUUCUGCUGCCGGAAAGUACGAAGGAAACGGAUGAAACGCCGCCGCCAUCAUACGAUAAAAUAGUGAUAUAAUAAUUAUUAAAACAGAAUCAACUUGAUACCGUAUGAGUUACAAUUGCACACCCAUCCGCAUAUGGUCAUGGCCUAUAUUUAUAUGGAAGCCCACGAUAUGAAGCCCUUUGAAAACUUCAAUGCUGUGCAACUGGGGUGUACUUUAUGAGUAGCCGUAUUUGGCGCGGUUGUUUUCCAGAAUGGUUUUCUGGCGCUUGUUCAAAUUAAGUCAUGUUAAGUAAGCAUGCUUGUUAGUUGCGUUUGUUAAGAUGAUUUUUUGUUGAUACACUUGCAUUGCAAUCUUCUGUGGGAUUUAGAACAGUACAAGCAAAAGCAAGAGUUAGAAGAUUUCUUGGGAAAUCACUUGAUUUCUCUCUUAGUUAGAACUUUUAUUUGAAAAGCAGAAAUUAUCAGUUGGUGAAUAAGUCUACCACCAAUUCAAGUUUUCUAUCAAUUAUAUUCAUGUCGUACGCGAAGCAAACCAAUUGACAGCUGAGUUAUCUUUGUCUUAUCCAGCAAAUUUUUAUAGUCCAUCUCUUCCAGGCGGGCGGUUCGCUGUAUAGAUCAAGUAUUCUUCCUAGAUGUAUGGAACCAAAUUAUGAAAUCCCUGGGAGGUUUCUGAAAAAAUACUGGACGUUUUCUGACGAAAACCCUGGUACGAUUAUGAUGAGAAUCCUGAAAAUAUUAUAAUAAGAACCCUUUGAAAAAUCUCUUUGAGAAUGCCGGAAUUUCAGGUGAGAUCUCUGCAAUGUCUCUUAUGAGAAUCCUAGAAAGUUUGAAUAUAAUCGUUGAAAGAUGUAAUAUGAAUCUUGAAAGAAUUAUCCAAAUCUUGAAAGAAAAUCCAAAACAAUU